GUGGAUGGGGGAGGGAGAAUGGAGAACGUAAAAGACGGAAUACACGAAAUUAACACAAAAGGAUUUGGUUGGUUUGCUUUUAAAAUGCUAAAUGACAGAUGAAUACGGGUAAAAAGGCGUGACUCCCGUAUAUAUUUAUUUCAAUUUACUCCGGAUCUCAUCAUCUCAAAGCUUCACAUCGAUGGAGGGCUCGUCUAAAAACAAUAAGCGAAAAAAAAUAGAUGAGCAUAUGAAGAAAAACAAGAAGAGACAUGUGAUCAACAAUAGUAUUAACUUAAAUCCUGAGGAAAAGAAGAUAUGCGAAAGAACUGAGAAAUCCGGGCAGGAGAGUUUCGGAGUGUUUGAGUUUCCCUGGAUGAAAGAUAGCAUGAUCUCCACCUCCCUUGAUUGGAGUCUACCGGGAUCUCCUUUUCCGUUCAUAGAUGAUGGAAAUGACAUGUUUGAAGGGAGUAGUGAACUGAGGUUGCCAGUGAAAAGGUUUAGUAAUGAUAUGUUGGAGUUUGAGGCAUUUGAAUUCAUUUGGACUUCUAUUUCCGAUUAGACUGAAAAAUUUUCUUUAACGUUGUACUAAGAACAGCGUUGAGGCUGUCCAGAACCAAACAAGAUUUCUGAGGAUUUUUUUAUUUCUUUUCUAUUUCGUUUCUAUCGUGUUUGUUGAUAUGUAAAAGAGAGUAUAUAGGAUUUAGUGAAUAAUAAACAAGUGCAUUCAUCAUAUUCGGCAAAGAUAAUAAAACAACAUUUCU